AUGGAUUACCAAUCCUUAACUUCGAUUGAGAGUACAAACCAAGAUGAAUUUGUUGAAAAUAAGGGACAAACACUUGAGUACAUGAAGUUCUUUCCAACAUUCAUGAAUAUUCUCAAUACAUUAACUGGUGCAGAAGUUUUGAGUGUCAGUAAUUCAAUGACACUUAUCGGAUUUGUUUACUCGAUUAUUCUCAUGGUAUUCACAACAAUAUUAUCUUACUUGGGAACUAUUGUUGUUCUUAAAAUCAGAGCCAAAGUUGAUGCAGAAAGUAUUAACGAAUUAGCGACCAAAAUUUGCGGAAACUGGGGUGGAUAUGUAUACUCAAUCUUAACCCUUUGCUUUACAUACAGUUGCCAAAUUGCUUAUUUGUUCAUUGGUGCUGAAUCUGUUCUGAACUGGGCAGAUCUCAUUGGAAUGCAUUCUUGGCAACAUGGCAUUAAAAGAUCACUUGUUGUAAUGAUCUAUGCUAUCUGUCUUCCAGUUUUACUUACAUUUCCAAAAGAAUUGAAGAUUUUGAGUAUUGUUUCAACAUCUGCAAUUCUUUGCCAGGUACUCUAUGUUAGUGGAAUGAUUUACGAAGCUAUUAGAUACAUUCCUUCCCAAGGAAUUAAUCCAACAUGCGAAAGAUUCAAAUUUGGCCUUGAAUUCUUCAAUGCUUUCGCCAUUUACUCAAUGCUCUAUGCCUUCCCAUCUGUUUUCUUACCACUUGUAAGAAAUUAUAAUCCAGAUAUCAGAUCGAGAUACAGAUUAAUUGGAGCAUCAUUUGUUGGAUGCUUUACAUUGACAAUUAUUCCUGGCGUUAUUGGUUAUUUGAUUUUUGGCGUUGAUACCAAUCAAAUCGUCAUUUCUUCUUUUGAUUCUCAUGAUAUCUUUAUGCAAAUUGUCAGAGUAGGUUUCUUCAUUGUCGUUAAUGCCUCAUUUGCUGUUAAUGGCAUCAAUGUCAUCCAAGAUAUAUGUAGUUUGGUAUUCAAAGAGCAGAAUCCUGCCAAAUUAGCUUUUGUCAAGAGAGUUGCAGUUCUUUUAAUAACCAACGUUCCUCCUGUUCUUAUUUCAAUGUUCCUUCCAGAAAUUAGACCAGUUUUCGAAGUUGGUGGCGCCUUCGGAGGAUGUCUCUCUAAUUUCUUCGUUCCUCCUCUUCUAUAUAUCAUUCUUCACAAGAAGAAUGGCUGGUCAUUUACAAAUAUUUUAAUGGGAUUAUUCUCACUGUUUGGCCUUAUUUCAGCUGGUAUUGCAACAUACCAGGCUGUUAUUGAUGCAAUGGAUCCAAACAAUUAA